UUCGCUGAUAUUUUGUUAUGAAGUAAUUUUAGGUUAAAUUAGCCAGACUAAUUUUGGGUUAGGUCGAUAUCAGUUAAAAUCUUUGGAUAAUUUUAAUAGACUGAAAUAGGUUCGGAUAUACAUCAGAUUCUAAUACUACUAUUGUAAUGACCCACCACUCCCACCAUCUCCACUUUUUUUCUCCAACGCCACCACUUCCACCUUCUUCUCCACCAUCUCCACCUUUUUCCCCACCAUCUCCAUCUUCUUUAAAGCUUGAGAGAGAGAGAAAGAGAGAGAAGAAGGAGAAGAAGGAAGAAAGCUCACCUGAGCUCGUCACCGGAGCAACCGUGCGCCGUGACCACGUUCAGCUUGCCACCACCGAUAAACACCCUAGAUUUGGAGUCCAUUUGAGCAGCUGGAGGUCAUAUAUACCACUUCUCUUCAUUGCUAAGAUGCUGCCAAGGAGAAGAACCACCUGUGCUCAGACCGCCAGAGCCGUUAGAGACGAGGUAGAUGAGCAUGAGCAGCCCGCAGUUCCACCACCCGCGGCUCCACCAGUUGAUCAGGAUGCAUUGAGACAGAUGGUUCAGGAUGCCGCUAGACAGGCCGCUCAGGAAGCACUUCAGCAGAUUGCCCAGGAGGCAGCCAGACAGGCCGCUCAGGAGGCCGCCCGAGUAGCUGCUCUGGAGGUUGCUCGUCAGAUGGCUGCCGUUCAGCAGGGACCGCAGAUUCAGGUUCAGCAAGUUCCACUGGUUCAGGUCCAACAGGAUCAGCAGAUUCCAGCUCAGCAUGAUCAUCAGGAUCCCGUUCAGCAGGUUCCCCUUCCACAGGUUCCACUGCAGCAGGGUCCAGUUCAGCAGUUUGCUCAUGGUGUUCAGGAUCUACGGCCACCACCACCGCGACCUCAUGUUUACCCGGUUUAUAAUGAGAGGUUCUACAGGCUGACAUGUCAGAUGAGAAACAUGGAGAUGGAGCAUUUUAGCGGGACAGUGGAUGCUGUAGCUGCACACGAUUGGAAGUUAGCCUUGCAGCGGAAGCUGGAGAUUAUUGAGUGUCCACCAGAGUUGUCGCUCAGAUUGACUAUGCAGUACCUUCGUGGAGAUGCUCUUAUAUGGUGGGAGGGAAUACGAUUGAGCCAUUUUGGGCCAGAGAGACUUACCUUCGCUGAUUUCAUUCGAGAGUUCGAUAGGAAAUAUUUUCCGAAGGAAGCGAUGGAUAGGAAGAAGUGCGAGUUCGAGCAUGUAAGCCAGGGAGAGAUGUCUAUCAGGGAGUAUGAGGUUGUGUUCAACCAACUUCGCAGAUUUGCAGGAGUGGGCAUUUCAGAAGAAGACUUGAUUAGAAAGUUUUUGAGUGGGAUGCGAGUAGAGAUUCGAAACAGGUGCCGUGUCGUCACUUAUCACAGAUUGGGAGACUUGGUGGAGAAAGCUGCCGAGCAGGAGGCAGGUUUGGCAGAGGAGCAGAAGUACUCCAAGGCAGAUCAGCCUAAGUUUGGAGGGACUUCAGAGGCACAACAGAGGACAUGGGACAAACCGAGCAUACAAUGCUUUUAUUGUGGAAAGAUGGGACAUAAGAGUAGGGUUUGUCGGAAUAGGCUAUUUGAUGCCCAGGUUGCGCCACCAGCAGCGGCAGCAGCACCAGUAGUGGAUGUUAGGAACUGUUUUGGUUGUAACCAGCCUGGUCACAUUUUCAGAGACUGUCCGAGGAGGGGUAAUGCAGCGCUUCCACCACCACCGAAGCGUUUAGCCAUCGCUCCACGUGUGUUUACGGUUGGAGAUCCCCAAGGAGCUGAGCCGAUAGCGGGUAUGUUCUUAUCAUACUUGCUUGUGUUAAUAUUUGUGGUUUUGUGGUUAUCUUGUAUAGUUCGAGAUUAGUGAACCUCGUGUAUGAUUGGUUUUGGCUGGUGUGAGUUACCUCACAACUUAUUUGACUUAAGAGCUUUUCAUAAUUUUGUGAAUUCGCGUUUGGUUAAGUUUUAGUCUUUUUGGAGGGAUCUUCUAACCGAAAGAUAAGCGAAUUUAGAUUGUUGUUAUGGAGAGCUUGUUGUUAUGGAGAGUUUGAGAGCGAUCAGGAAUUCAUCGUGAUGUACCUGUUAUCAUUUGAGUAUUAUGAUGGCACCGUCGAAGUAUUAUGGUGGGUCUGGUCGUACACCACUUUGUUGGACCAAAGUGGGGGAGCAAUAUGAGUUAGAACUAUUAAUGGUUCAAGAGACCGUAGAGCAAAGGACAUGCUCAAGGAUUGGCUUUCGGAAGCCCAUGACGUCAGAGGAUUUAUGCAGCUAAGCACCGUAAGGAUUUGGAGCUACAUAUGGGCAUACCUUAAAAUAAGGACAUUUCAGGAGGGACCUAAGACUCAGAAGAUAAAUGAGCUUAAACCGAGACACAUGGAAUUGUAUCCUUCACUGGAGUAGAUUGGAUUAGUUGCUUGCUAUUACUUUAUCAGCAGUAUAUCAACCUUCUAGUACUUAGUUCAUAUGACAGCAUUGCAAAAGUUGAGAAGGCGCUAUAAUUAUUUUGCAGUAGACGUCAAGUGAGUUCAUAAAUAUUUUAUGGACCUUAUCAUCUAUUGAAGAUUUUGGAUCAUCAUGAGAAAACAGUUCGGGGAAUAUCGACUGUGUUUGUCCGAGUUCGUUGGAGAGGGAGAUAAGACUCAGGAGGAGACCUGAAAGGCCGAGCGAAGAUUAGUAUUCGAGGUUUUGCUAUGAUGACAUUGGGCACGUCAGCUUAUGACAUGAAUUCGGGGACGAAUUCCUUAUAAGUGGGGGAGAAUUGUAAUGACCCACCACUCCCACCAUCUCACUUUUUUUCUCCAACCCCACCACUUCCACCUUCUUCUCCACCAUCUCCACCUUCUUCCCCACCAUCUCCAUCUUCUUUAAAGCUUGAGAAAGAGAGAGAGAGAGAGAAAGAGAGAGAGAAGAAGGAGAAGAAGGAAGAAAGCUCACCUGAGCUCGUCACCGGAGCAACCGUGCGCCGUGACCACGUUCAGCUUGCCACCAUCGAUAAACACCCUAGAUUUGGAGUCCAUUUGAGCAGCUGGAGGUCAUAUAUACCACUUCUCUUCAUUGCUAAGGUGAGAUUAAGGGCUAGAUACUGGUGAUGGUGGACACUGAAAGCCAAUAGGAAAAACCAUAUUACAAGCGAAAAAUAUUGUUCUAACGGCCUUAUCGAUACCGUAAACCAAAGGAAGUGGCCUGAAGACAAAGCAGAGGCAAUCGGCUACUUGGACGUUCGUAAGGCCAGUGAUAGCACUGCAACACGGCCGUGCUCUGGUGUCGCCAGCAAUGACAUUGGCUAGGCCAAGGACAUUGGCGCAUACACCAAGUUGCAAUGGAUCUCUAGGACACGUACCAAAGCCCGGUGAAGGCGAGAGAAAGAGGUCAGCCUCGGCGAGGCUGAAGAUGAGGAAGAUGAUGAUGAGGCUAAUGGUGGUUGAGCUCUUUGAGACCAUUUUUAUGUAUUUGUUGAUUUUAAAGUGUGAAUGCUUGUGGUGAGGCUUUGUGGGUAGUACAUACUACUAUUUAUAGAGCCAUGAAAAGCAUUGAAUAUAAAACGUCGUCACCUUUAUUAUUUAA